AUGGAAUUUUAUGAUAAAAAUUAUGACAAGGAACAUCCAAGGAAUUUAAUACCAGAGUUAUGUAGACAGUUUUAUCACCUUGGAUGGGUGACUGGUACCGGAGGUGGAAUUUCUAUAAAACAUGAAAGUUUCAUGGACGUAAAUUGGUUUAGAAAUGAAAUUUACAUUGCACCAUCAGGAGUCCAGAAAGAACGAAUAGUGCCAGAAGAUAUGUUUGUCCAGACUGUAGACGGAGUUGACAUUUCUUCGCCACCAGCUGAGAAGAAAUUCAAGAAAUCUCAGUGUACUCCGCUGUUCAUGUGUGCUUACACGUCAAGGAAUGCUGGAGCUGUUAUCCACACGCACUCAAAAUUUGCUGUGAUGGCAACGUUGCUCUGGCCAGGUCGGGAAUUUCGAGUCACUCAUCUGGAAAUGAUUAAAGGUAUAAGGAACCAAAAAUUGAACAGAGCGUACAGAUUCGACGAGGAGUUGGUGGUUCCAAUAAUUGAAAACACUCCAUUUGAAGAAGAUCUCAAAGAUCGUAUGGCGGAAGUCAUAAAAGAGUACCCUGAAACUUGCGCCGUUUUAGUACGUAGGCACGGUGUCUAUGUCUGGGGUGACAAUUGGCAGCAAGCUAAGACAAUGACGGAAUGUUAUGAUUAUCUAUUUGAUAUUGCGGUUCAAAUGAAACAAGCGGGUAUUGAUCCGUUGCUGACACCUGAAGAUUAUGAACUCAAGUAUCAGCUGUCUAAUAAAUAA